UCACUAAACAAUGUGAACUCCGUACGCAGGCUGGGGAGACUAUUGACCGGGCAUGAAAAGAAUGGUCAUUUUUAGUGGCGAAAGAAAACAGGGAAAAAGUGGUCUGGCCGAAGUGUGACCCGAGAAUUAGCGAGUUUGAUUGUCACCCCACCGGGGGCAAAUUUCCUGUCCUGGAAACAAAAGAGGUACCCGAGGAGAAACCUUGGUGGACUUGACCAUGCAUGCAUGAUCAGGGCUGUCUUUCCUUUGCGCCAACAAGCAACAAGGGCUGAGGCAACCCAUUGUGCCCCGGCUCUAUAUAAACCACCGUCUCGUUAUCAGUGAGGCAUUAAGAUUACUGAGCUGGCGAUCAACAAACACCUGUUAAAAAACCAAAGCAACAUUUGCAUGAGAUAAAUAAAUUUGAAGUUGUGGACUUGCUGUUUACGCGGAGGUUGUGAGAGUACAGAGGAAAUUGAGUGGACACACAAGAGCACUCGACCGUCUGUUUCUGCUUUUGAACCGUCUGGAUUUGCUGCAUUAUAGGAAAAUUUAACUGAAAUAUUUGGUCGUUAAUUAGUCCAUAACUGCUGCAAUUAACACUGCAUCUGUGUUCAAGAUGGGUUGUUUUUCUCUCCUAUUUUACGCCCUGAUUCUAAAGAUGACGGCGAUGCAAAUCGCCGGACAGGAGAUUGGCUGGUUCACCCAGACUCCGCUAGACGCUGCUUUACUAGAAGGUGACUCAGUGGUCCUGAAAUGCCAGUUGGAUAUCAGAAGGAUCGUGGAACACGGCGAGUACAAAGUCACCUGGUCCAAAAACGAGAAGAAACUGAACUUCACCGACCCGGAACACUCGCAUUACUGGCUGACCGGCGACCCCCACUCGGCCCAGUACUACCUCCUCAUCUCGCAGGCAGAUUUAGCCGACUCGGGUGUCUUCUCCUGCGCCGUGUUUGAGAACAUCGGCACGGAUGCUGGGGCCGAUUUGUGGAUCAUGCACGCCGUGACGACGGCUAUGGUGCAGGUCGUCGUGCGGCCGUCUCCCCCGGAGUGCCGCAAGACCGACCUGGACGUCCCAGCCAACCGGACCCGCCCGGACAUCAACUACGAGGGCGAUCUGAUCGAGCUGGCCUGUACAGGAUACCUCAGCCAUCCCUCCUUCACCCUCACGAUGACCUGGAAGGGCCAGGUCAUCACCGCAGGUGACGGAGCGUGGAUCCACAUCGACGAAGAUCAAGUCCAAGAGCAGGCCUACCGCGUCACGGCAGACUACCAAGACAACGGUGCCUCAUUCCAGUGCACCCUCACCUCCACCGAAUUGGACUACAAUGAAACCUGCGAGAUGGUCGCCCUAAACAUCCUCCACGAACCCAAGCUGUUCUUCGUCUCAGACCGGAGUGAGGUGCACCAGGGUGAGUCUCUGACCGUCUCCUGCUUAUCCGUCAGCAACCCCUCCCAAGUCUUCUUCAGUUGGCACACGGAACCCGCCCAGACAGUUUCUUACCGAUCAGGGAGACAAGUCUUACAAAUCCCCAGCGUCUUAUCCGACACAGGUUUUCUGAACAUCACCUGUGUUGUGACUAACGAUCACGGGGUGUCUAUUUUAUCCACACUGGUACCCGUCCUCCCUAACACCACCGAGCCCGUACCAACCCAACCCGAAGUGCCCAUCCCACCUGAGCCUAUCGUGCACACAACCCCCGAGGAAUCAACUCAAGCUCCGCCCACCAAUCCCUCCACUUCAGCUCCAACAACUCAACCUGGAGUGGAACCUGUCACCAAACCCGACAAAACUACUACCAAGACGCCCACCAAAGAAACCACGCCAUCUAAAGACAAUCAAGGCUUGUACAACCACCACAGCACCAUGAGCACCCCAGUCAUCGCAGUUCUCGCCAUCCUCCCAGUCAUCAUCAUCGCAAUCCUCAUCCUCAUCUUCGUCUUCCUCUACAAGACGGUGAAACUCAGCACCAAGCGACGAGACGACGAGAUACGCGUGGUCUACCGCGACGGGGCCAGCACGGUCAUCGACAGACGCACCCACGGCAUACGCGGUAACUUGAACGUGACCGUGGAACCUGCUGCCGUCAAUGAGGGCGCAGUUGUGCCAACGGACGGCAUGGAGCCUGGUGCGUACAGCAUGCCUCCACCUUACACCAAGGGAGAGCUACCAAGUGUGUUGGACACCACAAGCGUGGCUGCAGGCGGUCAAGAUGCUCUGUACUUCGACGAGAUCGAGAAGGGAGACAGUCACACGUACGUUGACGUGAAGCUCUAAGAAAGAAACUGGAGUUGGAGCUCGUGGUCUGGAGAGAGCUGGGGGUGAUGGUUAAAUAGGUACCAAUUAGGAUUUUUAUUUAACGGGAAGAAGACUGAAAGAGCUGAGAGGCA